CACUUGUAAAAUGGCCCCAGAAAGACUAUACGCCGAAUUUCCUAUAAAUCCCGUUAAGCCCUCCCUGCCAUUAGAUUUACCGGUCCCCACGAAGGGUAGUGGCCUCCUUUGUCCGUCUUGCCGAAAACCUCACUCGACUACUUACUACGCCCCCUCCAGUCAACCUCACGAGCCACUCAUUGGAGUCUCUUGCUACAAAGGCCGAUACUAUCGAUCGUAUAGCCUUGCCCACGCCACGAAGGCUAUCGUGCAACACAACCUCGCCCUACGCCGUGUAUCAAGCAACCGACCUCACCAAGCCGGCCUUGAUUUUGCAAUGCAAGUAGCCCGGCUGAUUCACGGCGACCCCGAAGCCGACCCAAACAAACGUCAAAGAAGCAAUCAUGGUCAAACUCACAGUAGUACUCAAACUAAGAAGAAGAAAACGCUACCAUCGCAUCAACAAUGCAACGGAUACAACGGUAAAUUUGGAGUUGGACACACGGCAAGGAAAAACGAGGGAUGCACCAUCAAGACAUGUCGUAAUUGCUGUGAGCAGCUCAAACCGCACAACACACGCUGUACCAAGCACCUUGCAAAAUCUAAACAACCCGCCUCCAAAGACGCUGGAAACGCCAACUUGUCACAAACUCGCAUCGAUCCAAUGCUCCUAUCCAACAAUGAAUACGACACUCAAGCUGAUUCCGAGCCGUCAAUGGCGCGAGCGACACCUACAUCUGCAGCACCUCUCACGCAAGCAUCCCAUACGUUUGCCACCCCCCUAUCUGCCGCGCAAGUAACCAAGUUUCGCAGGACUACUAUUCAGCAACAAGCGGAAGAGCGCGAAGAUAAAGACCACGCCAUGGUCGCCAGCAAAACGGCAACUUUUGUGGUAUGGGCAGGUUUAGAGGACGACCCUUUGGCCUGUGAGACCUGGCGAGUCUACGCCCCGCGUUGGCCCCACUUAAAACUCAAUCAGUCUGCGACGUUAAUGGAUCAAGUCCGAAGUAAACUUGGUGCUGGCUGGGAUGGUGACCUACGUGUGUGGAUACCUGAAGAAAAUAAAUGGGUCAAGAUGCAAACAUCAAUUGUUGAAGAGUAUAAUCCGCACUAUCGACGAAUACUCAUAUGUUUCCCUGGCGUAGUCCCUGACAAAUGCAAAGAAAUGGACUUCAACAUGUCUUUAGUCAAGUCAAUGACCACACUUCAGAAAAUGGACAUGCAAAAAAUCAUUAGUCCUAAAGCAUACUCACGCUUAACCCCAAUGUCCACACCAACUCCGCGACCCAUAGUGGAUAUCACAUCUUCGGACGACGACGAGAUAGGUGACCAAUCCAACAGCAACAGCAGAUCAGCUAGUCCAGACCUCCCACUAUCUGAAGACCUGCUUGGACAACCCAGUCCUCCUACUAUCGACGAAGAUACGCCACCGCCACCACCUCCUGGAGGCGACCCGCCUGCCGAUGAUGUGAUCAUCAUGCCGCCAACUUUGCCUUUGAAGCCAGGAUGGCCUACCGCUCCAACUGUUGUAUCUAUGCGGUCUCUUCAGGAUUUUCUCAAUCUCACCCUACCUCCGCACAGGCUCAAUAUCAAAUCUGCGUUUGAUCGGGUAUAUGGUCAAACCCAUGUGUACGCACAAUCCACCGUGUCCAAAUACCGCCGAUGGCUUUUGGGUAUCGGUGAAGCGAACUUGGCUAACUAUGUAAGAUCAGGGAAUCCAUCGGUCAUAGAUGGUAAACAUCACUUCCGAUCGGAAUGGUCAAACCUGGACCCUUGUUCUGAGAAAGCGAGAUUGCGACGAGGAUGAUAGGGCUUUCAGUCUUUUUGUUAAUGUCAUUAUAUUCUAUCUGUUUAUGUUGUUCUUGUUUGUGAUGUUAAAUACUCUACCCCAUUCCAUGUAUCCACUUCAAUGUGUCUGUUAUUGCUCUACAUUAAGUGUAUGUGGUCGGUCACUUUCUCUUAUUUCACUAUCUCUUAUUCAUUGAUGUUCAUGGUCACCUGGUAGUUUCACUAUUUGAUUAAUUUUGUAAAUACAACACGGACACUAACAUAGCGUUUAUGUUGACUAUAAAUAUAACGCAAUGAACGAGGAUCUUUGCUCGCUAUCUCCCAAACUUC